UUAUCUUUUUGUUCAUCUGCGAAAAAUCCUUCAAUAUGAGAAAGGGCGAGAUGUUGCCGACGAAUUUAAAUAACGUUCUUUAACGUAUUUUUUUACAUUUAAUUAAUUUAAAUAUUGAGUUUUUGUUCGUUUUGAUGUUGUUUAAUCAAAAAUGGGGAUCCUAUUAUCACGUUUAAGGGGGAAACCUUCGGCCAAAGCUGUGUUGGAAGAGUUGCACAAGGAGAUCGAAGAGCUCGAAGACUAUAACAGGAGUACCGAACAGCAGCAGAAGCACCUCGUGGGCUCUCUGAUUCUCUACUCUGUUAUUCUGUAUUUAGGUUUUGCCACCAUCUUCUAUCUUUACUAUUUUCCGAACAAUUUACGUGAUCAACUGAUAUACUCCAUUCCUUUAUUAAUAUUUCCAGCAAUAAUAUGGCUCCUGAAACAACUACUUUAUCAAUAUUUUGUGAAUAAGUUGAGAAAGAAUGAAGAACAUUUGGAACGGCUAAAGAAGAAACGUCGGACGGUCUUAGAUCUAGCCAUGGAAACCGAGACUUACAAGGUGGCAAAGGAUCUGCUAGAGAAAUAUGAUCCGGAAUUUCAAAAGAAAGCCGUUGUCGGAAAGUUUGGAGAACCGGUUCCUAAACGCUCUGCGCAUGAAGAGCUACGACGAAGGGCUGCGGCCUCCCAAGGCCUACCGCCGCCUUCGAAUGCCCAGCAGCAACUCAUUCUGUCUUCAGGUCACGGAGUUCCCAAACCAUAUACACCCUUCCCCGCCAAACCCCCUCACUUAGUAGCCCCAUUUCUAGCUUCAAAUAACAAGCAAUGGGUCAAGACUGCUAUUCCUCCCAUGCCCAGACCCAUUCUACCUCGAGAGAGAACCGUCAUCGAUAGAAUUCUUGACUACCUGGUCGCCGACGGUCCUUCCAAUCGAUUUGCCUUGGUGUGUAAGCAGUGCGAAUCGCACAACGGAAUGGCUCUGAAAGAAGAAUUUGAAUAUUUAGCUUUUAGAUGUUGUUAUUGUUUUCACUGGAAUCCUGCCAGAAAACAGAGACCGAUUGCACCACGUUUGCCUUUGCCUUUACCUCAUGGAGGAGAAGAGAAGAGCGAAGAUUCAGAAGAUAAAGAUCAGAGCGGUGCGGAUUCUCGUCCUUUGGAAAUCGAAGAGGUGACAGAUGACCCGAAGGUCAGCAGCCGGCCAGACGAACACCAGGAGUCUUCGGAGACUGAAAGUACAGAAUGCUUUCCACCAGAAGAGACGGCGAAGUCCAAUGGCAAGUUCGGAGGGCUCGGCGUUGGCGAGGAGACCGAGUCUAACGUCGCCAAAUAAACUGGACCGACGGUCGUCAAAGUGCCUUGGAAGUUUAAAUUUAGAGAAAACGAACUAAAUAUUUUCAAAUCUAGAUUAUCACACACAGGAUUAAAAAUUACCAGAGAGGACGGACGGAUGUGCGCGGCGCACGCCUCGGCCGGCAAAGUGCGACCCGUCCCCGCACCCGCGCCAAACCGAUAAAAGUACUUAAAUUAUUAACGAAGUGGUUGUCCAACAUUAGUUUUAUUAACAAAUCAUCGAAACAUGUAUAACCGGCUGAGAGUUUACGUUACUUUGUAAAUAUUCCAUUACAGUUAUUAAUUAGCAGCGGCCGUUCCUCUGCAUCUAACUUAAUCAUAGUCAUAUGUUCUCUGUCGAGUCACCCGAACAGAUACCCCCAGUCAGUUUUAAAGGAACCCUGCUAUUUAUUUUACUAUUUAAUUUAACCACUGUAACCAAGUGGCAUUCCAAGUGUUUCUGCAUUGCUCCUGUGGAAAGUAAUAAUGAAUAUAUAUUGGUGUUCAAAUUGUACAGCUAAUUUGCAAUAAAUUUUUUGGAUUGUUU